AUGAAUCAAGACGAAGUUUAAGAAACAAUUGAACAAGCUCUUAGUAUUGAUGCUUCAAGUAUACAGAUUGUUGUUUAAGAACCAGAGAGAAAAAUACUCUCAUCUGUCACCUACUAUCCGAUAGAUAUUUAACUAGGAGAAGUAGAAAAAAUAACAGUUUAUAAAAGAUAUAGUGAAUUCGAAGCUCUGUAUUAAGUGUUGGAGAUGAAAUAUCAUAACUUUAAGUUUCCUGAGCUGCCAUCUAAACUUUAAGUUUUCAAUAAAAGUUAAACAAGAAAAAAAUCUUUUUAAGAAGUGUUUGACACAAUCUUAAAAUAUGCAGUAAUGUAUCCUGAAAAGAGACUAGAUUUCAUACAAUCAUUAUUUGUUUUUCUUCUUGAGGAUAUAAAGAAUAAAGGAAAGAAAAGAAGGAUUAAAAAGUCUUUUACUCUAGAUAAUUCAGAAGCAGGCUUAGUAAGUCCAUCUCUAAUUUCUUAAACUGAAGAGGCUAUUUCUGAAGAUAGCGCAUCAUUUAAUGAUAUGAAAGGUAUUUCAGGAAGUAUGAGUGGAGGUUUUACCCAAUCACCAAUUUAACAAAACAACAACAAUUCAAUCUAAAACGAAAUCGUUUCUAAACUUGGCAGUACAGGCGAAUUAGGAACAACUAAAGAAACUACUAUUUAGAAUGAAACUUAAAAUUUAACACCAAAUGAUAUAAAUACUUAAGAAAAUUAUUAAGUAGAACCAGAGUACACAUUUCAAAGGAGAGAUGCAAUCUAUAAGAUGUCUAUUUGUUCUAAUGAUGAUAUGAUUGUUGAAACUCCAGUAAGAAAAAGAUUAGAUAGUGAAGACUUAGGAAGCAAAUUAUUCAAUUCAAAAUGUAAAGAAAAAGAAUAAGAAUAAAUAACUAAAAUAGAUGAAGUUGAAUCUGAAGAAGAAAAAAUAUCCAAUUUCAAUUUCAAAAUGCAAUUUAAAUUUUAUUACAAAGAUAAAUUCGAUACUUAUUUUGUCAAAUUUAAAGGCCAUGAUAUGCUCCUCUACUCUAAAAUUUAUGACAGCAAUUUCAGCAAAUUAAUUUGCAUACAUGAAAUGAUAAUAAAGAAGAGUGAAACAGAAGAAAAUUUUAUAGAAAUGUAUCAUCAACAUGAUUAUAAACCAAUUUAAAUCUAAACAACCAGUCAGAGAAAAAUGAAUAAUUUGAUAAAUCAGAUAGAAGAAUAUGGUAAAUCUACAAAGUUUGAUUCAUCAAACUCGUUUACUCCAAUUGGAAAAGUUGUGAUGCUAGUAAAUAGAUGCUUAAAUAUUGGAAUUCCUAACGGUGAACCUGUCCUUAUUAAAUUGAAAACACAUCACUUUACAUUUGAGUCUUCAAUUCAUAUUCAUACUUAGAAUGGUAUUUUCAUAAAAUAAGAGUUUUCAUUCCCUAUCAGCAAUCCUUAUGAGACUAUUUACAUAGAAUUUUAUCAUUUGGUAAAUGAUUCUUGGCUUAGAAAAAAGCUUAAAGAAAAUUUGAUUGGUAGAGCUAAAUUUAAUUACAUUGACAUGAUUAGCUUGAAUGCAGGAUAUGUCAUAGAAGGAAUGAUUCUAGAUAUUGAGCUUGUGGAUGAUAAUUAGAACAACCAAAAGAAGAAAGUACCAUUAAAAAUAAGUGUAAGAAAUGAUACGAAUAGGUUUAGCAUUUUCGCUAAGAAUCCUCAAGGUUAUGAAGAGGGAGAAAAAAAAAUGUCAAGCAUAGAUUUAUUUAUUGUCAGUUUUUACAGAUUUAGGAGAAUUAUUGGAUAUAUUUCAAAGUUCUUUUAAAUUAUGGAAGACCUUUUUUACUUUAAAUACCCUAAAUUAAGUAACCUAUUUUUUGCUAUUAUCCUUCUAUAUGUGAUUUGCUGUGACCCUAGUAGAAUUUUCACACAUAUAUUCAUGCUUAUUGCUCUACUUUGUUUAUCAUUUUAAAAGGACAUCAGAUAAAAGUUGGAUGUCUUCUUCAAAGACUAACUUCUUGAUUAAAAAAAUUUGUUUUUUGCAGAGCCAUCAUUUCUCACAGAUGAUGAAGAAUUGUAUGAGCAAAUGAGAAAUAGCUUUGAUAAAAUCAAUAUUUAAAAGAUAGUAGUUGAAGAUAAUGACGAUGAGUCUACUUCAAUAUUCUAAAAAUACUAAAAUUUGAAAAAAAAGUUCACUUAAAUUCACAGGUACCUUACCACUAUAUGCAACUUCUGCGAGAAAAUAAAAAAUAUAUUUACUUGGAAAGACCCAGUAGUGACAACAUAUUUAAUUAUUUUCUUGUUUUUGCUUUGUAUUAUCAUUCAUGCUCUUCCAAUCAGACUCUUCCUGAUAGUUGUAGUUCUAGCUAUUUAUUAGGAUGGUAAAUAAGCGCUUAAAGUAAGGAGAAAUUUUAACAAACAAAUUUCGCUAAGUGUUUGUGAAUACAGUCUAAGAAAAAAUUUAGGUUUGAGUAAGGAUUAAGUAGAUUUUACUAAACAGUGGACUAAAAAUGAGAAAUUGCAAAAAUAAAUUACUGAAGAUUUUUAUUAGCAUUUGUAAGUUGUCUUAUGGGAAGGUUCUUUGAAAAUUUUUGACUGCCCAAUAACUCUAAGUGAAGAAAUAUCUAAGUGCACUACUCUUUUAACACUAUAUGCAGGUGAUAAGAUUUAAGCGAGUGACCAACUUUUUGAAGAGAUUCGUAAAUAGGUGUAUCCAAAAAGGUCUAUAGUGGAAAACAUCUACUAUUAUUUAUUUAAUUUCAUAUAUAACAUUCCAAGCGAUUAUUAUCGCUUAUUGAAUCCUAAUAAAAUACAACAGCAUUUUGAAGAGUAGAAUUAAAGAAAGAAUAAAUAAAUCUAAGAUUAGAAAACCUAGAAAUUAGUUAAUUAAACCAUUAAAUAAGAAAGUAGCUUAUCCCCUAAACUUGAAAAAAAGUCAAAUGCAGAUGAAAGAAAUCUUUCUAAAGAUGAAAAAGGCUUUAACUUGGAAGAUAAAAAGCUAAGUUAAGAGGACAAGAAAUAAAAAAAAGAAGAAUGA